AUGGCGCAGUCGGACAACCAGGAAGUCUUCAUUUGCUUCGAGGGCAAAUACCAUGCCGAAUCAGUCCCGAAGGCACUAGGGUACUAUGAGACGCUCUCUGAGCUGGUCACGCACCAGCCCGGGUUCGUCUCGCAGACACCUUUUGUCUCCGUCGACCAGGACAACGCUCAAGUCUUGUACGUCAAGUUCGACAACGCAGAGCACUUGCAUGCCUGGAAGAAUCUUCCUAUUCACCUAGGUAUCCAGUGGGACGGUAGACAUGAGAUGUUCGUCGACUACCGGCUGAGGAUUGGCAAUGAGGCUCUGGGCUCGGGUCCAGAGGAGGGCGACUCAGACCAGAUCACUUUGAGUACCGGACAGUAUCUCCUGUUGUGGCAGUACCCGCGGCACCCCAAUGAGACGGACGACAUGUGCGGUCAUAUGGCCACCAUGGUACCGAGCGCUCCGCCUGCCGUGUGGCAAGGCUUGGUGGAUGCAGCCACGUACAAAAGCGAUACUGAAAUGCUCCGGAUCUCUUCGUGGGCGACCAGACGUAUCGGUCUUAUGGUCAAAGACUCCAUUCCGCGUGUCGAUGGGGACGGGUUGAACUUGAUCAGGGUAGAGAGGGAUUAUGGAAAGUACCAGAGGCAGGGGGCUCCAAGCGACGCCACCCGCUGCCAGAAUGCUGCACACGAGCACGACAAGGAGGGUCUGAAGCGGUGCUGA